AUGAUUUUUCCUGGGCCCCCAGAGAACGUUAACCUCGACGCAAACUUUGAUCCUCCGCUUCUGAAUUGGGCCAGCCCUUUAGUUCAGGGAUCCGGACCAAUCACUUUCUAUCAGGCAAAUGCCUCGUCAAGAAAUCACACCAUCUUCUAUAACUCCAUAGCUCCUCCAUUGUCCAUGGUAGGCCUACGGCCAUGCAACUCAUACGAAAUUUCCCUGCAAGCAAUCAACAAUGAAGGUGGUGGACUCCCUUUUACAAUGCAGCUCAACACUUCUGUCAAAGCCGCUAGCCAGCCCAGAUACUUUUUGAUCUCAAACGUUGCAGGGACCUCAAGUCAAGAAAUCCGCUGGAGGUACCCAAACUUCACAGCAAUUCCCUGCUCCUCUGAAUACGAAGUGCAGUAUCGCGAAGUUAGCGCUUCUGUAGCUACUACUGUGGUAUACAAUGCGUCUAUGAUCGCGUACAAAAUAGAAAAUUUGAGGCCACAGACUGUGUACGUCUAUCGAAUCCGAAGUGUAACAAAUCCAGGAGGACUCUCCAGUGGAUUCACGCCUUGGCGCAAGCGAAGAACUGGACCCGGAGGUGAGACGAAUAUAGUAUUUACUAAACCAUAA